CGGAAGCGAGGUUCCUGCAUUAAAUAAUUGAAUUGGUCGGGUGGAGGUUCAGUGGGUUCUAGAUCAGUGGGUUUUGUGAGAAUGUCGACGAUAAUAUCGGAGCUCUGAGUUGGAUUUUGAACACGUAGAAAUUGAAGAAAGAUGACAAACAGGGUGAAAAUUGGUUUGUUAUCAGCUCUUCCAAACUUAAGCACUAGGAUUGCGAAGCGACUGACAUGUUUAGAUGUGGUUGACCUGGACACAUGUGUUUCCGAUCGGCUUGCAGAGACAGGGUUGACUACAAGCGAUGUUCUUGAAAUCUCAAAGAGUGAACGCACAAGCAGAAUUGCCAGACAGAUAGAAGGGGAUUGCAGUAUUCUUGUCGGCGAUCCAGAUUUAAUUGCACCAUUUCUAUAUGAAUUUAAGAAUGUUAAAUGGAUUCAGAGUACAUGGGAUGGUGUGGAUGCCAUUACGAAGUUUGUAGAUCAUAAAAAGCCCUACCCCACGUGGAAGCUCUCUAGAUUCUCUGCUUUUGGGCAGCAUAUGGCUGAGUAUGUUUUGGGACAAAUAAUCGCGAUGGAGAGAAAUUUUAAGCAAAGUAUUUUGCACCAGAUGGCUCAUGAAUGGGGAAAUAGGCAAGAGUAUCGUUUGUUGAGCAACCUUACUUUAGGCCUGCUAGGAGUAGGCCAAAUUGGUAGCAACGUUGGACGUGUUGCCAAGACAUUUGGUAUGAAUGUAUUGGGAAUGGUGUCUAAAGAAAUUCCUGAAGCUCAAAUGCAUCCUUUCAUUGAUGAAUACCACUUCUCGUUGCAAAGUUUGCCAGAAUUCCUGAGAAAGUGUGAUUACAUUUGUAACUCAUUGCCCCAGACACCAAAAACUGAUAACAUUCUUAUGAAUGGCAUUCUAGAAAACUGCAAGGAGAGAAAAAGUAUUCUUGUCAACAUUGGCAGAGGAAAUAUUAUAAGGGAAAAGGAACUUGUAACAGCGCUAAAUUUAAAAUGGAUUGGAGGUGCUAUUUUGGAUGUAUUUGAGAAAGAACCUCUUCCACAGGAUAGCUUGUUGUGGGAUAUGGAAAAUGUUUUCAUCACACCGCAUUGUUCAGGUCUUUCAUUUGAAUAUGAACUUGAUGAUUUCUUUGCAAAUAAUCUUAAAAGAUUCAUGUCUGGUGAAUCGCCUAGAGAUCUAAUUAACUGGAAAGAAGGGUAUUGAUUGAGGAUAAUUGAAGAAAUGAAUAUGUAGUUUUUGUUGUGUUUUGUUGUUAUGAAAUAAUCUCUAUUCAGACACUUUGGAGCAGGAGGCAUGGUGGACUGUAGCGCCAACCCUACUUUUUUGCUGAAGUAUGAUAUGAAGGUUGUAACACCAAAGAUUAUUGUGGGAAAAACAACUGAACUGAAUAAGUGUUUGCAAACUUGUCUAGCACCUCUGACUCUGAAAUGUGCGGCAGUGACUCAUGAUUUUCAUUGAAUAUAUUGACUUUUUGUUUUUCAGAAUACUUCAAAACCUGUUUCAAUAGUUUUUAUAAGAUUUUUCAUAUAACCACAUUUUUGAAGUGUGAAACAUCCUCUUUUUGUCAGCAAAAGUCAUUUCUGUACUUCUGUACCCUUCUGAAAAGAAUUCCUUUGCUUUGCCCAUGAUUACUGGAAUUUUCCUAAAGUUUUAAGAAACUGGAGUACCCAACUUUGGUGUUUUAUUCUUAAAAAAAGGAUUUGUGUGUCAUUUAUUUGACUUGCUACGUCUAGAUUUUUCAAAAAUUUAGAAAAAUUUUGAGGCUCAAGGCACUGCGGCGCAGGGGGGGCUGGGCAUUUUUUGCAAAAAAUGCCAAAUAUUAAGUAUCAAACUAUCAGAAUAACCUCUUUUUAUACAGUUUUAGCCCCCCCUUUUUUUAGAUCCCCCAUUUUUCUCAACGCUCCGCGGUGCCUGGGUUGACUGGAGGAUUCCCAGAGAGUGGAUAUUGCCAGAAAUACCAUGUUGUUGCUGUUGCUUAUGGUAAAGUUCUUCCUGUUCCAUCGGCCUCUGUUCCUUGUUUCUUUUUUAUGGUUGCCCCGGAAAAGGUCGUGUGAAAAGAUGGAUACAUUUUAUACUCUUUUAAGUCUAUAUCUAUUAUUAGGAACAGGUUUUUUAUGCAAUGCAGCACUUAAAGGGCAUUUAGAGCGGCUAGGUUUGCAAAGGACUCCCGAAGGCCAUGUUGAUAUUUUGACGGAGCUACCAAGUCCCGUCGAGUUUUUCGAGAAAUACGUAACUCCAGGGAGACCAGCUGUUUUUAAAGGGGCUGCAAAGAAGAUGCCUGCAUUCAAGAAAUGGGAUGAUGAGUAUCUGAG